AUGGAGUCCAGUACCUCGAACAGCAACACGGGCGGAGUAGAUGCAAACAUUGCAUCUAGCAAGCAGCAUCCUGAUUACGAAUUAUAUGCGAAAGAUGGUGGUUAUGCUGUUAAUGAUAUUGCGAUCUUGAAACUGUCAACCGCUAUUGAAAAGAGCGAGAACAUUGACUACGCGACGCUGCCAGCGAACGGCUCGGAUCCCGAGGCCAAUUCCAUCGCAGUAGCUGCAGGCUGGGGCGCACAAACCAGCAUUGACGCCUUUGCACAUGACAAACUUAGCAAGGUUGACAUUCUUGUUCACACACGCCAGGACUGCGUCAAUCUUAUGCAAGCUGCGGUUGCCAGAGAUACGAUAGUAUGCGCUGGUGGAGGUGGCAAGAACGUAUGCGAUAGAGAUAGUGGUGGUCCUCUUAUUGACCAGAAAACAGGCCAGUUGAUCGGUGUCACCUCAUUUGUCGCAGGGACUGCUGAGGAGGGAGAGUGCACCCUUCCCGCGGUGUACACCAGAGUCGGCAGCUACAUCGAUUUUAUUGGUGAAAAUCUUGAAGGAUUGAAUUCUUCUAGGCCAAAGGAGCAAACAGUCGUCAAGGGUAGCUACUCAGGAGAUGAAGCCCUAACCAAGACUGUCGCUUUGUCAUCUAACACCAAGGGCGACAAGGCAGAGACGCCUAAUCCAGAAAAGGAGCCCGAGUCAACUGCCCUUGCUGUCAGCAACACUACUAUUCCACCUGCCACACAGAACCCGGAGCAUUGCGAUGAAGUACGUAUGCAGACAUUCACACAGUGCCGAGAGGGGGAUCCUGAUAACUUCGACGGGUGCGUCGAGGAAGGCCAAGAGGCAUUUGAGGCCUGUCGUUCUGAUCCCAAUUUUACUGCUCAGACGAUGACUAAGGCCAACGAAUAUUCCACCCAGUCGUCCAAGUCAGGGGUCUAG